GGAACCUCUGGAUAACUAGCUUGGAAGCUUGUCAGCGCUGGAAAAGUGAAAGCAAUAGCUUUCAGGAGACAUCGCGCGCUCUCAAAUUGCCGUCAAUCGUGCAUGAGAGUCAGUCCUUAAGGAACGCUCCACCAACCACUGCCUUGACUACAUCGCAGUUGGGAGACUCCGCAAUAGUCGGCUAAUACAUGUCUAAAAGACAAGCCCAGAGUGGCCAAGGGGGCAGCACUGGUGGGCACAUGGCCGAUUUCAACAUGGAUAACACACCGGAAGAAAAGCCACAGCGGGCAACUGCCGCGCAGCUGGCGGCCAGAAAAAUCCGACCAAUGCGAUCUCGACGCCAAACUCCUGCUGGUAGUUCAGAUGCAUCUGCACCGACCUUCGGUGGCGCCUUCAAUCCGAUCGACCCCAACACAGUAUCAUCCACAAUGGCUGGCUCGCAACCUCCAUCCACCGGAUUCACAUUCGGACAGAACCAAAGCUUUCCAGGUGCCAACUCGACACCCAGCCAGUCGACCCAGAAUGGCUCGACACCGUUCUCCUUUGGGACUGGUGGUGCUGGAGGCGCAGGGUCGUCCUCAUUCAGCUUCUCGUCUUCAUUCGGUGGCCCACAAGCCAAUAACCCUUUCUCGAGCAUAAGCACCGGCAGCACCGGCAGCACCAGCCAGCAGCCACCCCAGCAGCCGGCGGCUUUCUCUGGAUUUCAAGGCUCUAUCUUCAACGCCCCGUCAGCGGGAAACCAAUCGGCAGCUCAGCAACAGCAGUCAUUACCUUCUGGCUCGAUCUUUGGAGCUGGAAGCAAACAGAGUAACACUGGAGGAAUCUUUGGCGCAAGCGCUAAUACUGGAUCUUCUACCCAAAACGGAACGGCCCCUACAGCCAACAUCUUCGGUCAGGGCAGUACCACCUCUGCACCUUCAAACAACAUAUUUGGUCAGACUAGUGCGAGCAAGCCUUCUAUAUUCGGCCAGUCUAAUCCAUUCGGAUCGGACUCAAUGCACAUCUCUCCCGACGCUAAAUCAGUUUCGAGUCAGAAGUCAUCCUUCCCCAGCACCAGUAUCGGAUCUACGCCUAGCUCGCCAGCUCCCUCCAAGGACGACAGCAGCAAGGACAGCAAACCACUCUUUGGUGGCGCUUUCACUGGCGCGACGUCCUCGUCCAGCGAAUCACCCGCGAAGUUCUUGUUUGGAGCCAAGCCAACCGAGCAAACUUCUACAUCCCCUGCCCCUCUUUUCGGCGGCAGCGCUUCCAAUCAAACUACUGCAGCCUCUAUAACUUCAACAACAGCACCCGCUCCUGCUGCCACGACCACCCCGUUCUCUUCUGGCUUGUUUGGCGCGGCACCCUCAGCUAGCCCAGCCACUCCCUUCAAGAACCCUUUCCAAUCUUCCAAUCUGUUCUCAGGCGUACCUUCCAGCACACAGAAGCCAUCUGAGGAGAAAAAGGAUGAGAAGACGGACGAACCGAAACCUGCUGAUACACCGAAGAACCUUUUCCAAUUCAAUUCGUCGACGAACGCCACCCCGUCCUUAUUUUCAGUGCCUGCGAGUACCAGCUCUCCAGCCCCUGCUUCUUCCUCGACUGAAACCUCGCAACCUCCAUCCACCGGAAGCCUCUUUGCGCCAAAGACAACGGCAUCUUCGGGGCAGGACAAGCCUCAGAGCGCAGUACCAAAUCCUUUCGGUAAUUUGUUUGCUGCGUCGAAGCCUGCAACACCGAGCAAGCCGGAAUCCGAGCAAAAGCCAGCACCUGUUGCGAAUCCUUUUGGCAAUUUAUUCUCGCCCAAGCCCGCUGAGACACCUAAGUCCAGUGAAUCUGAGAAACCAGUCAACCCUCCGGCACUAUUCUCAUCUCCUGCCGCCGCUACUCCCUCGCCCUCGACUCCGAGUCUCUUCACUCCAAAGUCAGCAGCCGCAACUCCCACUGCGGCACCUCAGAGUCUGUUUAAGGUCAACGGAGACCAGCAAACCACUUCAAGCAGCCAGUUGAACAAAUCUUCUGACUUCGAGGAACUGGAAUCCCCUAAAGUUGCAGGAGACGUAGGCAAUGGUGUUAAAGCUGACGUUGAAACGCUUCACCGCUUGCGUACCUUGAACGAAUGCUUCAAGCGCGAGGUGGCCAAAGCCGAUCCAUCUAGUGGUAGCUUUGAUGCUAUCUUGCAGUUCUACAUGCGCGUUCGGGACACCAUUGGAUUGCCUGUCGCUACCAAACGCAAGGCUGCAGAAGAUGUCAAUGGCGUCGUAUCGAAGAAGGUGAAAACUGGCACCCCUAUCGAUGUAGACACUCCUGCGACGGCAAACUCUACCCCUGUUGCCAAGACCUUUAGAGCCGCUCAAGAUGCCUCUCCAAGCAGCAAGAAGAGGAAAUCAAUUGAUGAGGGCGAGGCCAAUGGUACGCCCAAUGGCACCCCCAAACGUGUCAAUGGAGACUCGACUACUGCGAACAUUUUCGCGCAGUCAUUUUCCAAAUCCAAGACAUCUGAGUCUGAUGACGACUUGACGAACAAGCAAUCGCUCUCAAAGCCCUCUACUCCAGCCCCCAAGCCUUCCUUGUUCUCUGCGACACCCGCGACCGAGCCAGUUAAGCCACAGUUGUCAUUCUCGAGCUCAUCCACCCAAGGCUCGACUUCCACUUCGCUUUUCUCCUCGUCAAUGUCGAGUGCGCCACCAACCUCCAGUGCAUCUAGCGAAAUUGCACCAAAAAAUCCAUUUGUCCUCAAACCUUCCGCCAGCCAGGAGAAUGGAGCCAUCUCAAGCUCUAUUCUUGCUCCUCCAAAGUUUGGUACCCCGGCCAGCGGUAACUUCUUUGAUCAAUUUAAGGCUCAGUCCGAGAAAGACGCAGCGAAGGAGAAGGCUAAGCGCAAAGCAGAGGACUUCGACUCUGAGGAGGAAGACGAAGCUGAGUGGGAGCGCAAAGACGCCGAAAAACAGCGCAAGAAGCAAGAGGAGCAUGCCGCUCAAGCCAAGAAGCGUGCGAAGUUUGUCCCUGGCAAAGGUUUCGUUUUUGAGGACGCCCCCGAGGAGCCUGAGAAGACUGAAGGGGCUGAUAGUGCCAAAUCUGGUGCUUCCGUCUUCGACAAACAAAACAAGUCCGCUGCCCAGCCCAGCAACAUCUUUGGUCAUCUGUCUGCGACUCCCUCCGAAGCUGAGGACAACGGCGAUGACGAGGAUAACGAUACCGAAGAAGCCUCAAACGCAGGAGACGACCAAGAGGACGCGGCGAAGACUGUAGCCAGCGACAUUGCCUCUAGUGCAGCCGAAUCCCCUGCACCAAGUAGCGAAGAUGGCGAUUUCGCCAAAGCCCUCCAAAAAUCGAAGCCGACCAAAACUGCGGACGCAACCUCGGGUGGACGGAGCUUGUUUGACCGCGUCUCUUAUGAUGAUGAAGGUAAACCUAAGCGUCAAGCCGACGAAGAACAGAAGAACUCCGUAUCUACACUAUUUGGUGCAUCCAAAUUCUCAUCGUCUCUCAAUACGCCAACUUCUUUCACACAGAACAGCAGUUCUGAGUCUGAGAAGUCCGCGUCUAAGCCUGCGACAACCAACCUUUUCGGGUCUGCAAACACUGGCUCCAGCAUUUUCAGUUCUGCUGGCUCCAGCCCCGGCGCUGCCACCCCAUCCAUCUUCUCCAAGCCGUCUGGCGACAACACCUGGAAGCCUGAUUCUCCAAUCAAAUUUGCGGCCAGCCCUUCAGCUUCCGGGUCUGCAACCCCGGCGGCAUCUGAGACCCCGAAACCAUUUUCUUCUCUCUUUGGGGCCCCGUCAUCUUUGGCCAAAUCCGGUUCCGCUAGCACACAGCCAUCAGCUGGCUUUUCUUUCGGAAAUCCAUCCCUUCAGGCCCCCUCUGUCUUGAACUCUUCAGCACUGGCAUCGGCUACUCCUAGCCGCCAAUCCACCCCUGGUGUCACGUCCGACACCGGAGCAGAAGAGUCCGGCGACGGUGACGGAGCGGAAAAUCUACCCCAGGCUGAUCUCCGCACUGGAGCCGGUGAAGAGGAUGAGGAUGUUAUCUUGGAGAACCGUGCUCGUGCCAUGAAGCACAACAAGAGCGCCUGGGAAAGUCAGGGUGUUGGUUUUGUUCGCAUCUUAAAACAUCGCACCACCUCUCGCGGUCGUAUCCUUAUCAGGGCCGACCCUAGCGGCAAUGUCGUUCUUAACACGUACCUCGUCAAAGCUAUUUCGUACAAGGCAGCGGGCAACAGUGUCCAAUUCAUGGUGCCUCAAGCCGAAGGACCUCCAGAAAUGUGGGCACUUCGGGUCAAGACGAAGGACGAUGCAGAACGCCUCAGCAAGACGAUGGAGGAAAACAAAGCUUAGUUUCGCACUGGGUCAUUAUCUACGAAUCUUGUGUCCAUCUGAAGCAUACUUGGACACGCUCUUCAUGAUCGGGUUGGCGGGCGUAAGGUGCGAGCAAUGUACACUGGUUUGUUCUUGGAUCUUUCUUUG